AUGGCCACGACCGCCAAGCCCGAGGCUGACGAGCAGCCGCCUUCGCCAAAGACGGACAUGGACGUGGACAUGGACGUCGACGCCGACGCCGAGACCGACGAAGACGCAGACGCAGACCCCAUCACCGCCUCGUACAACAUCUUCCUCAACCCGGCCCUCCCCUGCGGCCGCCGCCUCCUCGUCCUGCAACACCCCAACCGCACCGACGACGAGCCCACGCAGCCGCGCCCGCAGCCCACGGAGCUGCGUCUCAAGUCCGACUCGGGCAUGGUCGAGGUCGACGUGCCGCUCAACACGGACGCCGGCGCCGCCUACGACCGCGAAAAGGGCCUGCGCUGGGGCCGUGCCCUCAAGUCGUCCAUGGCCGCCAAGAAUGGCGGCAGUCAUGGCCUUGCCGGCGGCUUUGGCUUUGGCGCCGUGCAGCAGAGGGGCGGCGGGCGUGGGAAGAAGGGCGGUGGUGAUGCUGAUGAUGAGGACAAGGUCCUGCGGACGCAGACGCUGGGGGGCCAGUAUCCGAACGCCGACGAGGUCCAGUACAUGGUCGGCGUCUUCCAAGGCAAUGACAUCCACCUCACCCCCGUCUCUUCCCUCGUCCUCCUCCGCCCCCAGCUCCACCACAUCGACGCGACCACGCAGCAGGAGCGCACCGCCGCCUCGGCCGCCUCGUCCUCGGCUAAGGAAGCCGCCGGCUCCGGCUCCGCAACCGCCGCCCGCGCCAUCCACAUGACCAUCAAGACCACGGCCGACGGCGACGCCGUCACCACCGAGACCAUGGCCGACCGCCUGCGCUUCGUCCAGUCCGAGCCGUGGCGCAAGCUGCCCUACACCGACGAGAACGUCGAGGCCGCCUGGGACGUCUACAACGACAGCCUUUUCCUCAAGACCGCCCCCGCCACCGAGAGCGCAAACGACGACGCCACGCCCGCCGCCGACGCUCGGCCUGAGCGGCAACUUAACGACGCCGUCCCCCGGUUCGGCACCAAGUGGGGAGACAGGCGCUUGCUCGAGGCCGUCAGCGGCAUCACCAAGCCCGAGCCCGAGCCGGCCCCCGUCGAGGUCAAGCCCGAGCCGAAUAAGGAAAAGCUGCCCGACCCGCCUGCCGACGAGGCGAAAAGGCCGAGGGCUCACCCGAAGGGUGCCGCAUCUGCGGCAACCCGGAGAGGCGGCCGGGCCAAGCCGGCAUCGUCCAAAGCCGACGCGUCCACGGUCAACAUCGAUUGA